AUAAAAGAAAGAAAAUUUCACAUGUAACCGAAAACAAAAAGCAGAAAGUAGCAAGCAGUAACCAGCCUAAGUGUCAAGACUAGUUGCCCUGACAUGCCUGAUCCUGUCUACCACUUUAGCAAGCAAUCUUUGAUUAGGAGUACUCAUAACACUAAGCAUACCCUGAUCUAAAACAACACCAUUGUUCACCAGCUCAUCCCUAAUCUCAUUAUAGGCGGGACAUUCCAGCAGCACAUGCAACUCAUCCUCCACCGCAUCUCGGCAGCCACACAUCCUGCACCAGCGCUCACUGCGGACAACCCCAUGCGGUCCUAACCCUAACCGCAAUGGCAUCUGCUCGUGGCCGCUGAAGAAGCUCGUCCAAAUCUAUAUCAGACGUACGGCACCCUUUCGCCAGCCGCGGCCGCAGGCGACACAUGGCAAGAUUCUGUAUUAGCGCUUCUUAUGGCAAUCGUACAUGUGACGACCUUGGGGCACAGGACCGCUGUUUGGUUAGGGUAGUUUGGGUGUCGUCUUCAUUUCCUAGCGCCGCCGCUUGCCGGUAUGUGCACGGGCAUACCAUUAAUGGAGCCCGGCCGGAGGCGAGAUGAAGAGGCCCCAAUUAUAGCGCUCCCACAGGAAUUACUUCAGGUUGUCCUACGAGAUGUGCCUAGCAAGUACGCGCUCAGGUCAACGUGCAAGGCCUUCUCUACAUCGCUUGCGGCUUUUUGUGAUGCAAUACUGCUGAAGCAUGGUCGCCUAGUCGCUCAUGGGCCAGGGCAUGUAGUGCUUGACGCGCUGGCUGCCUAUCCCAACGCGAGGCGCGUUGUGUUCCAUUUGGAGCAACCUCGUAGCAAAGCCUGGAGCAGCACAGCCCUUGCAUCACAGGCCAACAUUCCCGAAUCCGCAGCAGCAGCGAUUUCAUCCGAAGACGACCUCCUCCUCGAUGCGCUUGGAGCCUUGCACGACCGCAACAUCACCUCGCUAGCAUUCCUGCAUCUAGCGUGCGCGGUGCCAGCUCCGCCCUUGCUCUCCUCCUUCCAAUCCACGCUGGUAGAAUUAGAAAUCAGCGACGCCUCCUGGAGCAGCGCCCAGGAGCAGGGAGCCAUGAACCUCCUCAUCCGCAAACCCGAACUUCGCACCCGCGGCGACGCCAUGGCUCAGCUCGCGCUCUCCCUGCCUGGCUUGCGUCGCGUGUCCUUGUCCAGCCUGGCCUUCAGCACCGCCAGCGUUGCGGCUCUGGGGGCGUUGACCGGCCUGGAAUCGCUCAGCCUUGCGGGCUGCCUGGAGUGUCCGGGCGGUGCGGCGCAGGCAGCCACCACCUACCGCGAGCUGCUGCGCGCGCUGCCGGGCUUGCGACAGCUGCGGUUGCCCAUGGCGGUGGCUUCCGGGGAUGCGGCUCUGAACGAUGAUGAUGAUGAGGAGGAGGAUGGGCGUGAGGAUGGCUACGAGGAGGAUGAGAGUGAUGAGGGAGGCUGCUUGGACGGCCUCGGCGGGAACAACUUUGGGAACUCCUCCGGCAGCAGCAACAACAACAGCGUCUUGGGCGGCUACUUGUCGUCGUUCUUCAUCAGAAGCGGCAGCAGCAGCAACAACAGUGGUGCUGCAGGCAUGCCGCUGCUGCUGCCCCCCUCGCGACCCGCCAGCACCUUGGCCACGGUCGGCGGCUUCAAGUGCGCGGCACCCGCCCUACCACCACCACCUCUCCUGCCCCAGCUGCCGGCUUUCGGUGGGCGGCUUCCCGCCACACCAGUCUUCCCCGCGCUACCGCUCCUGCCACAGCUGCCCGCCCUAGCCGCACCUCGAACCACACCGCUGCCAGCCCUCCCCGCCGUUGUCCUCCCCGCCUUGCCCCAGCUACCGCAACUAUCGGCGCCCGGCUAUCAGCUGCCAACACUAGGGAAACGCUCGGGCGCAAAAGCUUUUCCGUGCGAGUUACCGCCGCCGCUGCAGCCGCUGGAACCUGAGAAGACACAGCCAGCCGCCGCUGACCAUACGGGAGCUGUGGCGGCGGAAGCGGAGGCGGAGUCCUGGCGCAGGAGAUCCCUUGACUGUGAGGUUCCCCGGCGACCCAAGAAGCGAAUGCGGGUUUCGACGCUGGCUCAGGGUUUCACCUUCCCCUCCGAGCUGCAGGACCUCACCAUCCCGCUGUGUGCCCUCAACCGGCCCGUGUUCGAGGCCGCAUGCGCCGCCUACUCCACAGCCGCGGACGCGGAGGCAGACGCGGAGGGCAAGGUGGGCGGAGAGGCUGCCCAGCGGUCCCAUGACAACGACGACGCCCGCUCCCUCGCCUCCCUACCCGCCACCGCCGCUGUUACUGACACCAACGCAGCCAAGCUUGCAAACAGCGGCGUAUCAGCUAGAAGCCAGGUCGGCACCGCAGUCCGUUCCGAGGGCCCAACAGCACCCGCUGCGGAUUGCAACCGCAGUACUGCUGCUGUAGCUUCUGCUGCUGCGAAGCCACCGGUCCAGCGCUCCGUGCCUUCUUCCUCCUCCUCAUCAGCAGCACCUGCACCUGUUGCAGCAGCAGCCCCCAGCAGCUCCCGCCGCCAUAUGGGUCGCCGCCUGCGCGCGCUGCACAUUCCCACACUGGCCGGCUACUCGCACUGGGAGGGCAGCUUCCUGAGCGACCCAUGGGACUUCCGCGCACUGGGCGGCCUGACCGACCUGCAGGUGCUGCACCUGAGCCUGCAGCUGGGCGGCGCGCAGCAGCUGAGGGGCAGCCCGGACACCAUGCGGCGGUGCCUGCAGCACCUGAGGCACCUGAGGGGGUUGCAGGACCUCCGCAUCCUCGAGGCCCAGCAGCCCGCCACCUUCGCCGCCAUCAAGCGCGCCUACUCCCCUGGAGGACUGCCCACCCUGCUCGCCGCCACGGCCGGCCCCGCCGCCGCGCUGUCCGCGCCCGCCGCCGAGCUGCUGCAGCAGCAGUGGCCGCAGCUCCAGUCGCUGCACUUCUUCCGCGACGUGGUGGUGCGCAGCGGGGGCCGGUUGCAGCCCGCGGCUGAAUGCCUUGGUGGCGGCAGCGGCAGCAGCAGCAGCGGGGGUGUUGGCGGGGAUGUGAUGCUGGUGUCGGCAGCGGCGCCGUGUGCUUGCUGCUCGGGACCCCACCUGCUGGCUGCGCCGUCGGGCUGCCUGGGAGGCUGGGGAGCGGCGCCGCAGCGGCGACGGUGAAAGUACCGGGGGUAGAGGACAACAGGGCGUUCAUGAGGUGUGUUGGGUCAGCCCGCUGAUGCUGGUGUCAAGAGUUGAUCGCUGCGGCGUUAUUAGGUGCUGAGAUGAUGUGAUGAGCACCUGUUCGUUGGGACCCGGUGGUGCAUAUGGGCAUUUGGGAUUCAUAUGCACGAGGGUGGUUCGACCGUUUGAGAAAGCGGUUGGGUGCAUGGCUUCAGGCUCUCAGAAGUGAGCAGCAGUGCAUGUGAUGUGCAUGGGAUCACUGCAAGAUGUGGGUCGUGGUCGUUGGGUUAGGGGCGCUAUCCGAGAAGAGAUAGUACACGAGGAUGACACAAGAUACACCCUCCCCCCCGGCUUCGGGCUGCCAGGACCGUGGAUAACGGUGGAAAAACCUGAAACGCGUUCCGAAGGGAGCGAAGAUAUUCUUGGCCCUGCGCCGAUCUGCGCUUUUUGACCUUUUUUCUUGCCUUUCCUGUCUGGCGUUUGCCGAAUGGGUCAGCUUAAUACAUGAUAACACAAAUGCAGGCAUGUGUUUUGCUUCUACCUUUGUAGUAGCUGCCCUACGUGGCGUAUAACGCUGUGCCAGCAGCCGAACGCGGCAAAUGCCGUCCACCCAUUUGGUGCGGCUAUUGGUGCUGCGGUUGUGUGGCGGUUAACCUCCUAAACUGGUUGCGUGUAUGGCGUGGUGUGUGUGUAGCACGCGAGGCGGUUCGAGCAAUGUCAAGAUGUCACUGCCCGUUUCAAAUGAAACAAAGUAGCUUUGUGUUAAGAGGGACGUGGUGAGCCAAGAAGAGGGAGCGAGCGAGCUGAUAGGAUCUCCGUCUUCUAAGGCCCCGCGUGUCUUGCCGAAUUGGCGUGAUUCGUUUGGUUUGUCUGGACGUAUUCCUUCGGGAUAAUUACGAGGUUAGUUAUUACGAGAGCUGGAUAGCCACGAAGCUAUGGCAUUGAGCGUAUGUGCGUUUUUUGGGGAGCUCCGUACGGCAUGCAUGGGUGUGCGCGAGUGUGAAGAGGCCCUGUCUAGGAAUUCCAGGAGGGCCCCUUUGGCACUCGUUGCCUCCGUUGCCGCUUCUUGUAUGUCCACUUUCUUACAGUUGCGGCCAUACCACUGCUGGCCGUGUACCUAUUUUUGGAUGCAGUGUCUCCCCCCACGAAUGCGUCGGGUCUAUGAACUGAUGCUCGUGUUAUUAGCUAUUGGAGUUUAAGGGAUUUUGCCGUCUUGCGCGGAGGACUGGCUGUCUGUCUAUCUGUCCCCUACCCGCAAGGCACUACGGUAUUCUUGGUGCCCUUGCACGUUUGGCGGCAGUCUUACGUUUACCUUUAAACUUGGUUGCGGCAGGUAUCACUCAACGCAUGCUAUUGUUGUGUUGUGAAGGAUACAUCUUCCUUGCGGUUAAACAUUCUUGCUUCUGCGCUGAUGGGGAUCAUCUAGAUACCGUGCACAGUGCAUGGAAUAGAUAGGAUACGCAGUUGCAAUGGGGACGACAUAUACUGGGAGCUACGCACAGGAGACUGAUGAGUGUUAUGUUCUGUCACAUCGUCGCACUAUGCAAUGGCUGCUUGUGGUUGUGAAGACUCCGGCGUUUAUUGCGGAUUUUGAGUAAAGAGUGGGCGGCAUGAGCAGUUGCUGCGUAAUCCCUCAGGCCUUGUCCAUUGCAUCAUAGGCGCCUCCACAAGUCAACAUCGUGUCAUGCACACAUAUCCCACCACAUAUGCAACCGCACACCCCAUCGCAUGCCACCUUUACAGUACGGCAUCUUUAUCUUCUUUCUCUUCGGUUGGUGCACCGUUGUCGGCUUGCAGGCCUCUGGGUGUCGCGUAAGGGUGUUGCGGCGCUUGUAAGUCGGCCCGUCGUGCACAUGGCUAUGUGUGAUAACGUUGCGGUAGGGUAUACAGUAGUUUUGAUCAUGUAGACAACGGCCUUGCCAGGUUAGGAACGAAUGUCACAGUGGGUGCAUCCCUCACUUGUGAUUCCGGAGAAGUUGAAGGCGAGGCGAAGAAGUAGUCCUUUGCUACAUGUUUGUUGUUUAGUUGGUUGGCCUCGUCGGGCACGCCUUCUGUAACGGGUUCUCCAACCUGUCCUGUAAGCUACUUAGAUACCCAGAUCAAGCCCAGGGUAAUGGGUGGUAGCGGUGCAAUCCCGUUUGUCCAGUACAUAGGGUUCUUCGAGUACUGCGACGCGGAUGAUGUAAG